AUGUUUUCUGUUCCUGCUUUCUACUUACUGCAAUUCAAUUCUGCAAAAUAUCUGGGUUUUACUAACUUCAUGCCUCGUUUUGCAAUCCGAACAGUUUGCAAUUUAUUGGAUAGUGAAAUAGUCAAAAUUAGGAAUAAGGAGGAGGCACAUACAGCUUAUGGACUUGCUGGUGGGAAGUCGUUCUGGCUUGGAUUGAGAAGAGGAAAGAGGGAUUGGUAUUGGGAUACUAGUACCUAUGGAACUCGAACACAUUUUUUCUUUUGGCGUACAGGACAACCGGAUAUAACAGACAACAAAAAUUGUGUUUACGCAGCUUACGCAGGAGAGUGGAUGGCUGCUGACUGUGAUAACUUCCGCUCACCGAAAAUGGUGGGCUCGCGUGUCGCCCAAAAUCCAGAACAUCGGACUAUUUCCGAUGUUCUGGUAUAUCUAGAACGAGAACCUGUAAUGCUCCGUGCAUUACAGGAAUAUAUGCGCGAAAGGGAGCAGAUUGAAGACCUGCUCCUAACCUGCUUGGAGGAUACGGAGAGGAGGUCGGAGGUCGAAGGGCAGGAUGGAGAAGAACCGGUGCCUCAGGAGCAGGCAUUUUACGAAGAAGAGGCAGAGUGGGCCCCUCUGCCUGAAACUAAUGAUGCUGAUGAGGCCGAGAAUUGGCCAACGGAAGCAGAGUGGGCUCCUCUGCCGGAAAGCGAUGAAGAAACUGAGGCACCGGUGGCACCAAAUGCCGUCGCAGAACCGGUCGAAUCGGUUCGCGAACUCGUCCUAAGGACGAGGACGAUUAAUAUUCCGGUUCUGGCGACGCAUACAUCGGUUGCGGCAGCACCGGAAGAAUUCCACCCCGCUGAUUUAGGGGAUCUUCCGGAGCAGCUCCGACGGGAGUUGCUAGUGCCGCAAGCAGAACCAUACACGGUGGUUCAAGCGAAUGAAGAGAGGAACAUCGUGUGUGGUAUCUGCGGCAGGCAGUUUGCUACAUUGAAAGGGUGGCGUAUUCACGCCUCGAGAAUGCAUAAGCAGGAUGGUAAGUUUUUGCGCUCGUUGUGGCCAUUACCUCCUGCUGCCACCCGGAUUCACGGCCGCGCAAAAGAGAGCGGCGACAGAAGUUCACGCUCUCGAUUGGUGCCCGAGAGCGUGUGCGGCCGUGAUCAACGAAAGGCAGGUCAAGCGCCGCAGACUUGA